AUGGAUUUGUGGGGACAGCGGGCGCUGGCGGCGGUCAGUGGCAGCGCAACCCUCCAGCUAGAGCGGGCGACGCGUGUCGGGAGGCUGCCGCCUGCUGCCGCUGCCAGAAAGGGUUUCGGUGUUUGGCCGGCGGGCGGCGCCGCCUAUCGGAAUGUCACAUCUGCGCCCGGGAAGGGCCGUCCAUUUGUCUCGGGCCGGGCCGGGCCGGCUGCUUUAUGUAAGUCGGGGCUGCCCCAAAUGGGACUCCGCUCGUGUAAUGGGGCGCCGCCGGCUCCCAUCUCAAUCACGGGUCAGUCGUCGCUAAUUGCUCCGGGCGGGGGCGGGGGUGGGGGCGGCGCUGCCUCCUUGACGGGGGCGGCGGCAGCGCCAGAAGGCUUCCUGGGAAUCUCCCGAGUCGUGGGAGGGCGGGGGCGGGGGUGGGUGCUAGGCGACUGCUGGGCGCCCGGCUCCCUAAUGGAGGUGUCGCGUAGCGGGCCAAAUGGAGUUGUGGUGUCAGCCGGCCGCGGCCACCAGCCAGCAGCCACCAGCCAGCAGGCGCCAGCUCUUUCUCUACCUGCUGACGCCGACGCCCCUGCACCUCCAGCAGCUGUGCGCCCGGACGUAGGACAGUGGCCGUUCGCCCCCAGGCAGCCGCGGCGAGUUCUUAUUCCAAAUUCUGCUCCUCUACUGACGGUCAAGGCGCGUAAGAGUCGUCAUCUUCAUGCACCAGCACGCUACACAGCUCGCUACACAAACUAA